AUGCACGACAUAAAAGAUGAUGAAAGGGCGCAUGCACAGUUGAUUGAACAGUUCAUUAAAAUCACAAACGCAGCUCACUCGUAUGCUCGUCACUUUCUUGAAGAAAACGAAUGGGAUGUUGGGGUGUCGGUUUUGCAAUAUAAUCGAUGGAGCAAAAAGAGUGAAGAGCCAGCAUCAGUCUCACCGUCAACCUCAAAUGGUAAAGUGGAGGAGCCGUCGAACAGCGAAAAUGGCGAUCCGGAACAACAGAGGAAGUGGUACUGGAAUAAUAUGUCGAAGCAUUUUGAGAUGCCAUCAUGCGCUCUUGUUUUACCGAAUCUUAACGCAGAAUCGGAUGAGUUCAGGCAGUUUUUGGAAAAUGGUCUUAUCGAAACGACCAUCUUGAAAAAACUUGAGCAUUCGGGACAUCUAAAUUGGUGGUGGCUGAAUGGUUGUGGGCAACGUUUGUGGCCUUUGUGCACAUCAGGUGAUGGAAAUUGCCUUUUACACGCGGCAUCACUUGGGUUAUGGGGACAUCAUGAUCGAUAUCUGACGCUGAGGAAAACUCUACAUGAAAUGAUAACAGAAGGUAGUAGACGGCACACUUUGUAUAGGCGCUGGCGAUUCGCUGAAAGUAAAGCGAAUCAAGCGUCUGGUUUAACGUUAACCGAUGAAGAAUGGCAGAAAGAGUGGAAGAUCUUAUUGAAUGCUGCAUCUACUACGCCUAGAAAAACGGGCGGACAACGGUUAAUUUCACUGAUAUUCAUGAUCAGAUUCAAUCCGAAUCCUCGAAUAGAUGAUAUACAGACAACAACAUCAAAAAGCGAAGAGGAAAAUGUAAGCAUAAGUACCGAGGAGUAUUAUGCAAGCUUAGAAACGAUACAUGUUUUCGCACUUGCACAUGUGCUGAAACGUUCGAUUAUUGUCGUAUCCGAUACUGUGCUUCGAAAUGCAAACGGUGAAGAGUUGGCGCCGAUCCCGUUCGGUGGUAUUUACUUGCCUUUAGAGUGCCCAUCUGAACAGUGCAUACGAUCACCACUGGUUCUUUGUUACGAUUCUGCACAUUUUUCUCCGCUUGUUUCGAUGCGAACUGCACCAGACAACCCUUUGUUACCAAUAAUGCCAAUUGUUGAUAAAGAUCGCAACCUUCUUCCCGUGCAUUUUUGCGUUGAUCCAGGCCCAGAUUUCACAUGGUGGAAAGACGCAGAAGACGAUCAGAUGGCAUCUCGUAUUGAACUGAGCGAAGCUGAUCGUUUAUCACUAAUUUGUGAAUAUAUGGAUGUCACCAAAAUUGAGAUUCGUCGUGGUUCGCAUCAUUGGACUGUUGGCGCGCGUCAUCUAAACAAUAAUAGCAAUAAUAAUAGUAGUUUCGGUAGCGGAAAUGAGAGGAACAAAUCAAUUACAUUGGCUUGCGGGGGCGAUUUAGCCAAAAAACAUCAUUCGUCGAGAAUUAUUUACGAAAUAGCACAACAGAUUAGAAAAACAUUCAGGAGUUCAUCGAAACGAAAGAACAAAAAUAAAAGAAAUUAUGAAACGAUAAGUGCUGCAGAUUUGCUUUUUUCGCAUAUCAUAUUAGCAGCACACUUGGAUAGCGAGGUGCAUGAAUCUGUAAAACUGAUGCUUGAUAGCUAUAUUAGUAGUGCGAAAGAACGCUUCGAAAAAGUUAAAGACAUACCUUCCUCAGCGGUGCCGAAACAACGCAAUCGAAUAUCUCGUUCAUUUAGCACUUCGUCAUUACGCAUCAAAUGCAUUAAUUCGGAUUGUGAAAAGACCGCAUCACAAUCAACGAAUUUUCUCUGUAGUGAUUGUUUUGAAUAUCAGAAACAAUUCAUGGCUUCUUUUGGUACACGACCAGGCCAGCUGCGUUCAUUACGCUCUGCUACAGCAAUUGAUCGCGACGAGAAUAAUACUAUAAACAUCGCGUACAGCGAUGGGGCAGAUGCAGCUGCCUAUGAAAAGAGACAACGAAAUAGAUGUCGUUCGGUUAAAUCCAACACGAUGCCGUUAUUAUCAAGCAAUAAUGAUAACAAUGUUAAUAGCAACAAUGAUAAUAAUAAUAUCAAUAUCAGUGAUAUUAAUGUUCGUAAUCAACAUUACGAAUCGAAAUGUAAUGAAACGCCACGUCAUAUCGUACAUACGGUUGCAGUUCAUAAUGCUCAACAUCCCUCACAAUCAAUUACCACGAAAGUAUCAUCAAUUAAGGGUGCAAAUGGUGUCACGCAUUAUUACGUGACAUCAACAUGA